AUGAAUAAGCACAAGACAAUGAUAGUCGAGUCCUUCAAAGGCAACAACUUCGAGGAAGGGAUCACCUCUCGUCCUGACCUGAUGGAGAAGAUGGAGGAGGGCGAACAACAGGCACAGCUGCUCAAAGUCGAACUCAAGCAUACCAUCCGCGGAUUCGGCAUGAUCCUUUUCCGAAUUGAAGCAGUCUACUGGCUCUACGCCAUGUAUGCCUUCAACACUGCCUGCGAAACAAUCGUCCUCUUUGCCUGGGACCUCAUCGCUUCCAUUCUUAACAUCGUCCUACCAAUCUUCGGAGCAGACAAAAUCAAAAGAACAUCGUUGUUCGCCUGUUUGGUCAUCGCAGGAUACACCCUCAUCAUCCAAGAUUUCGAGAUUUUCGACGUAUCAGCGCUGUAUCACUUCUUCAGGGGGCAAAAUACGGUGAAGCUGUACAGCGUGGGGCUUUCAAUUAUGAUCUUUGAAAUCAUGCUGACCACUACUGGCAGAACUUACCUCGGAAAGUUGCCAAGAAUCAUCAUAAACUCAGAGACCAAGCCAAAAGAAAUACUCCUGGAGCUAAUCUUGUGCUUCUUAUACACCAUAGUUCACUUCUUCAUCAUCUACAUCGAUUUCAUCCUAUUUGUGAUCAUCCUCAACUCAUCCACGAACAGUCGCUUUCUCUUUCUCUUUAGCAUGAGCAUAGGAAAGCUCAAGACUUCUGUUUUCAAAAAAUUCGAAAAGAAAAAAUACAAAAGCAACCUUUUCUUCGAUGCCAAGGAUAGGUUCCACAAGAUUACUUUCAGUGUUAUCUUUAUCCUGACUAUGGAGGAAAGAGUGGAUACCCAUCUCUAUAUGACCAUUCUGAAGGCUCUUGCAUUUACUUCAUUUAUUGAUUACCUUCAAAAUCUUACCUUCCUAUCUUUUGGAGGCCAACUGAACUAA